GUCUGGGGAUGCGCGAGGGGAGCAAGGGCAUGCUCCGUGGGGGCGGCGGCGAGACGGGCCUGGCAAACGCCGCGGCGCGGGGGCAAGUGGAGAAGGUGCGGCAGCUCCUGGAGGCCGGCGCGGAUCCCAACGGAGUCAACCGCUUCGGGAGACGAGCUAUCCAGGUCAUGAUGAUGGGCAGCGCCCGCGUGGCCGAGCUGCUGCUGCUCCACGGCGCGGAGCCCAACUGCGCGGACCCGGCUACCCUCACCCGACCGGUGCACGACGCCGCCCGGGAGGGCUUCUUGGACACGCUGGUGGCGCUGCACCGGGCCGGGGCGCGGCUGGACGUGCGCGACGCCUGGGACCGCCUGCCCGUGGACCUGGCUGAGGAGCGGGGCCAUCGCGACGUCGCGCGGUACCUGCACGCGGCCGCGGGGGACUGACGGCGGAUGCACCCAGCCGCCCACGACUUCUUUCUCCCCAGUACCCCACCCCCGCCUACUUCCUGAGGGCUGCAAACGUG